GGGAGAGCGAUCCAAGCUCAAAUCCAGCGUGUGUCUCUCGUCUCACCCUUCGGCUUCCCUGCGCAGUGUCCAGAGGCUGCCUGCGAGGGGAUUGAUCCCACUUAUUUGACACCAGCUAUUUAUAGAGGCUUGUUUACUUGUCUGACUUGGGGUCGGCUUCAGGACAGGCUGUCCUCAGGGACCCCCAUGCUGCAGGUGGAGAGAAGAGGGGGCAGACGAACGGGUCAGGAUUGGCCCUGCCGCAGACGAGCGCGGUCCGGGAACUGACCUCCGGCCAGCGUGCCGCACUCCAGCCCCUGGAGGAAGAGCCAAGGCCAAGGGUGAAUUUCCCAGCGCAACCUGACCUGCUGCGCCCGGGGCUAUUUCUAGACGCUUGUUGACGUCUGGGGUCCAGGAGCUGUUGUUUGUGUUCGCUGCAGUGCAUACGUGGAGGGAGAAGGGGAAUAGUGCCUCUCUAGAGAUCGUUCUCUGCAGAUCAAAAUACUGUUCUUGUUUUUCCAAGUACGAGAUUUGUUUCUCUUUUUUUUCUUCUUCUGGGGACAACUGCGUGUCACUCUCUGCACCCAAAAAACAAACAAACCGCAAGGGAAAUACUAUUGGCUCAUCAGUGUGGGCUUUUAUCCCCAGAGCUUUCUUCCUGUGGAAUCCAGCCAGCGUGGGACAAAGCGGAGCGCACAGCAGCCAUGGCGUCUGGUUUGCCCUCCUGGCUGAAAGGCCAAGUGCCGGCUGACAGGUCAGAGGAGGAAGAGGAGGGGGAGGAACCACCGAAGAUGUGCCGGAACGAGGGCUACCCCGCCGAACUGUUCCGGGUCCUGGAGGAAUUCCGGCGGGCGCGCCUCCUCACCGACCUCUCGCUCCGGGAUGCUGCAGGGGAAUGCUGGGAAGUUCACGCCCCCGUGGUGGCAGCGGUGUGCUCCCUCGUCAUGGAUCGCCUUCGCUGCGGCGGCGGCGGCGGUGGCGCCGGGGCCCAGGGGCUCUUCCUGGACACCGGGACGGGCAGUGCCGGGCUGGCCGCCGUGCUGGAGUUCGCCUAUACGGGCGACAUCGCCGGGCUGGCCGGGGACGCCGCCGUGGCUGAGGUCCGAGCCGCGGCAGAAACGCUCGGAGCCCCUAGGGUGCUGGAGCUGUGCCGCCGGCGCGAGAAACAGCAGGUCGGCCGGGAAGGGGGCGACGGGGCCCUGGAGAACCUCUUGUCCAUCGCCGAGCUGUGGGCGGAGGGGCUGGGCUGCGACGUGGUCCUGGAGGUGGACGGCAGAUCUUUCCACGCGCACAGGGUCAUGCUGGCGGCCGGCAGCGACUACUUCAGGGGCAUGUUCUCCAGCGGGAUGCGGGAGUCCAGCCAGAGCUCGGUGACCCUGCUGUCCCCGGCCCCCCGCGAGCUGUCCGCCCUCCUGUCUUGCCUCUACAGCGGGGCCCUGGAGCUGGGCUGGGGCACCGUCUUCGAGCUGACCCACUGCGCCCUGCAGCUGCAGGCCCGGGCCGCCCUGCCGCUCUGCCUGGGCUUCCUGCGCCGGGAGAUGGACGUCGGCUCCUGCCUGGACGUGGCGGCCUUCGCCGAGGCUUAUGGAAUGGCAGAGCUGCGGGCCCAGGCCGACGACUAUGUGCUGCGCAACUUCCAGGAGGUGGGCCUGUCGCCCAAGUUCCAGGACCUGGGCCCCGAACGGGUGAGCCGGUACCUGGCGCAGGACUCCCUCUGUGCCCCCAGCGAGCUGGCCGUGUUCCGCGUCGUGGUGAACUGGAUCCAGGCGGAUCCCGGGGAGCGGCUGGGCCUGGCCGAGCAGCUGAUGAAACUGGUCCGCUUCCCCCUGAUGACCUUCCGGGAAUUCAGGGAAGUCCGGGCGGUCGAAAUGGCCAUGGAGCAGGAGGGCUCGGUGGAGCUGUACCAGGCCGCGCUCCGGGAGUUUGGUUUCACCGCCGAGCGCUCCAAGAAGCCCUGCCGGGUCCGCCAGCCCCACGAGACCCUGGUGCUGGUGGGCGGCGACACUCUGGCCCCGGACUUCGGGCAGCGCGCGCCGAGCCGGGACCUGUGGUUUGCCAACGCGCUGCGCACCGUCACGGGGCUGGUGAAGGAGAUCGAGUGGCGCCAACUGGUGGCAAUGCCCGCGCCGGCGCGCUUCAGGCACGGGCUGGCCGUGCUGGACAACCGGCUGUACGUGUUCGGCGGCAGCCACUUCUACGGCCAGUGCGAUGUUCUGAAAUCUGCCUACCGGUACGAUCCCUGCGAGGAGAGCUGGCAGCGGCUGGCAGACAUGCAGGAGCCACGCAACUACAGCUCUGUGGCGGUGCGGGGCGGGCUGAUCUACGUCCUGGGAGGGGACAGAGACACCGAGCACAACCUGGACAGCGUGGAGUGCUACGACCCCAUCUCGGACAGCUGGAGGUUUGCCCGGCCUCUGGACCAGGCCAUGAGCGGACAGGCGGUCUCCACGUGGGAGGGCGAGAUCUACGUCUCGGGAGGCUUCAACUGCAGGUACCAGUGCCUGGUGUCCCUGUUCCACUACCACCCGGAGACGGGCACCACCUACCUGGCCUCCAUGACCCAGGAGCGGGCCGAGCACGUGAUGGAGACGUUGGGCGGCCGGCUGUAUGUAGCCGGAGGAGUCAAGGCCCUGGGGGAGUUCUACACCGACCAGCUGGCCUGCGAGGCCUACGACCCCCACACCGACGCCUGGGCACGCUUCGCCUCCUUGCGCCUGCCCCACGUCAACGCCGCCUCGGCCGUGCUGGAGGGCAAGCUCUACAUCCUGGGAGGGUACUGCCAGGAGGACUACAGCGAGUCCACCCUGGUGCACCGCUACGACCCUGGCGCCAACCGCUGGGAGUCCAUGGGCAAGAUGCCAGGGCCCAACACCGACAUCCGGGCCUGCAUCCUCCUCCUGCCCACUCGGCUGCGGCAGUGAGGCUGCCAGUGCCCCAGGCCGGCAGAGGCUGGCAUGGUUAGUCUGCAUGGCACCUGAAACACACUGGGAGAGGGAGGGCACACUGCGCCUAUACCCUUCUGCAAUCCCAUGGCACUCUUCCAUACAGUGGGGCUGGGGGUGUUCAUCUUGCUGUGUGGGAACAGGCUCGAUUCCGUCAGUGGAGCCCUUUCUCGCUCUCCCCUCUGCGUAGGUGGGGCUGACGGGGCAGAACGGCGGCCUCACGCCUUCCUCCCACUUUGUGAUCUUUCUGAGCCGAGCGCGGCGUGGAUGUCGUCCUUUUCUCCCGAGGCUGACCCUGAAAUGGGGGCGGCGGGUGGGGGGGCGUGGGCUUCCCUGUUUGAAUCCGGACUGAUCCAGUCCCUGGGGGAUGGGGGUCCAGGCUGGGGGCGGGGGCUGGACUCUAGUGGUGGGUGUGGUGGGUACACUCCUACACCCUUUGGAAUCCUCUGGGGUGAGAAGGAUUAUAUGAACAUAAGGAAUGAUUAUUAUUGUGGAUGAUUGCUGUAAUUACCAAGUUUGAUGUGCUUCUUUUUUUCUUGCAUCCUUAUUCUUUCUAGGCCUGUGGUUCCCAAUCGUGGUCCUGCUGACCCUGGUAGUUUAUGUCCCAGUCAAGCCCUCAGUUACACCAUCAAACCCUUCAUUGACUUAGUA